AUCUCGAACGCGAAUUUGUCUCCGCGCAGGGUGAGAUGUCUGGCAUGACGAAGCAGUGCGUAAUGGACAUUUCGGAAAAGACGGAACAUUUUCUGCGCGGCUUCGACGAGAACAUUUCUGAUCUCCUACCCGCUGAGAUGCUGAACAUCCUGAAUCUGAUAUCCUGAGUAAAGACGUUCCCACCUGGGUGAGAGUUGUCAUGCAAAUGCGCAACGAGGACAGGAACCGAUUUGUAAUGCGCAGCUCCAUGAGAGGCGUUUCCAUUUGUGUUUUGGCAUUUGUAAUGCUGCAAACAGGAUGAGAAAAUGGCUCUCUCAUGUGGCUUCCCUUGCCAACCAGCACUACACUGUAGAGGAAAACUUGUCAUGCACAGCUCCCAAAACUUGGCGACUUGUGUUGCUAGAUUCCGAACUUGACUAUGGGGUGGGGACGUUUUUGCUUCGGAUAUCUGAAUGCGAUCAUCGCGGAGCGCCUCUCUCUGCACCAAACCGUGCACCGCCAGAUCUUCGCCAAGGCGCUGCUGGACUACAUGCUGACGAAUGUGUUGAAAGACGUGUUCGACUAUCAAAUGCAAAUAUGUCUGGGCCUGGAAGGCUGCAUGGUUUGUCAUGCUUGUCUGGCAUGACUGAAAAGUCUGUGAUGCGUGUCGAAGAAGAGCAGACCCUUUUGCUUGUCAUGCAAAAACGCAGUUUGUCAUGCGGAAAACGCAACACCAGGCCCCGCAAAUAUUUCUCAUGCUUGGCUGUGCAUUACAGACCAUUCACUAUAUUCACAACUCAGCAUUAGAAGUUUCCAGACCUCCCAGACAUAUUUUUUGCAAUGCAUACCGACGAGGUGCCAGCGAUCCCGAACCUGGGCGUCUUCGAAAACGCCAGCCCAGUCGUGAAGCCGGAUGGCAACAGCCAAAAGCAAAUGAUGCAGGCUUUGGAUACGCUAGAGAAAGAGGUCCUUGACACCGCGGUCAGUCUGGAUCAGGUGGUGAAACACGCCCAGGCGCGCCUCCCGGAUGACAAAUCGCACGAGGGAAAUGGUGACUUGGUCGCUCUGGUUGACGCCACCCAGCUGCAAACGGCGGUCCAAGUGAAAGAAAACCCGAGGAAUCAAGCGAACUUCUUUAUCCCGCCCACACUGUCCGAACAGAUCGAGUAUGCAAUGCAAAUAUCGAUCUCGGUCUGGAAGCAAGUAGAAUGCAGAUCAUUGUUGCCAUGCUGUUUUUGCAUCACGCAGAAGGUCUGGCAUAGUAAUCGGCCUAGCAUGUUCACAGGUUUAGGUUGUUCUUGACAAGGGGUUACAAUGCCUACUCCUCACGGCAAAUUAAUUCAUUGCCUCACUCGGCGACAAUCAGGAAGUGGGCAACGGCUAAGUACUUUUGGUUCUGCUGUCCAUGCAUGACAGAUCUACCUUACGUGUUCUGAAAUGCGCAUCACAAGUCUGCGCCUUUGUUCCAGUAGACCACUUAGACGUAUUUGCAAUGCAUAUCGCAAAGCGGUUCCUCGCGUUCAACCAGCAUUUGAAUCGGGCGAAGUUCCUGCCGAUCGCUGCGUUUUUGAUGUCAAAUUUGGGGCAGUCGAUGUCGCAUUUGUUCCUCGUGGAUGUGGACAAAUUGGAAAUCGCCUACCGAGAAAAGCUGUUUAAGCUCUUCAAAGCCUACAUCCUGGGCCCGAACGCCGCGUCUGGGAACGAAGCGGACUGCCCGCUGACCUUGAUGGUGGUGCGAGCGUAUUUCAAGAAAAGCAACGAGUAUUACGCGCACGCGGCAACGGAAGAAAACGCGGAAUUGGCUGGUGACUCCGUCGAGUUCCCGACCAUCGAAGCGGCCACCGCGCAACUCGCGGACGCGCACGGGGCGGUGAAUCCCAUUGCGGCCAUUUUGGCACGCCGCACCGCCCGCGGGACGCGAAGACUCGCGAUUGGCAUCACCCAACAGUUGAAUUGGGUGCAAGCGCGGAUCCACAAACUGUGGCAGCUGUACGAGGUCCGGGUCCGGGCACGGGCACAGUGGCUGUUAGAGCAGCGAAUGAAGAACAACCCUGCAAUCGUGGAAGUGGAAGCCACGAAAGCGGUGCUGGACGGGAAUCCGGCUGCAGUGCGGCACUUGAACUCCCGGAUUGGGCAGGACGAGCGAACGCGCGACCUUAUCACCGAGGCGCAGCUCGAACAUUUGAGUGAGGAAGCGAUGGGCGCCAAUGCUGCCACGCUCGGCGGGGACAAGGUGUUGCGCAAAGGGACGUUUGCGCAGAUUCUCGUGGAUGGCAAGCCCCUGUUUGACACCCGCGUCGCGUUCCGCGGGAAAUUUACCCACCCGGACGACGAAUUGCUGCUACUUCAGCAGGAGAAACAGCGCAUUCGCGGUUGGCUGAAGGCCCCCGGUUCCUCGGCUACCACGUUCAUAAACGCGUACACGAGCUUCGAAGCCCAGGAAGUUGCC